AAGGAGUCCAGUUUUAAACUGUCUACUUUUUUUUUAAGAAAAAAAAAAAAUUCAAAUACAGUUUGGAGACGAGUAAAAUAAUAUUAUUUGAAGCAACAAAAAUUAUUACGGGAGUAUAUAUUGUUUUAAGCUUUAUAGUUGAGAGUUUGUUUCCAAAACAUUAGUUUGAAGCGUCAUCAAUUUAAUUCACUACAAUACCUCAGAAAUUCAAUUUUAUUUUUUUCCCCCACUUUUUAGAAGACAAAAACAAAACAAAUAUAAAUACAGUGUUUGGGAACACAAAACAAGUUAUAAAAAUAUAUUUCAAAUUACAAUUGCAAACAACAAAUUGAUGCAGAAGAACUUUUUAUGUAGAACCACCUACAAAAAGAUUGAAAAUCCGGUGUGCUUUCGAAAAUGUACGUAGGUAGAAAAAAGCGAACUGACCUACACUUGCAAAUACUUGCUGUAUUGUCUUUCAUCUUAUUAAUCACUCCUCUGCAGGCAGCGGCUAUACUUACUUCAAAAUCAUCAGUUUAUAACAACUCCACGAGUACAGCGUCACCUACAACUAAUUCCUUAUAUAAACAAAUGACUGAAUGCGAAAGAUCUUUGCAUUUCAACUGUGCACUUAAACUUGGUACCUUGAAAAGUUUGAUGGUAGAAUGCAAUUCUAAAGAUCUGGAAAUUUGUUUAACCGAGCAUAUUACCAAAUCUAUUUGUCAAGUUGAAGAUCCUGAUACUCUGCAUACUAUUAAAGAACUCCUAAAUGAUAUUAAAAGGAGAUUUUUGAAGAAAAAAAAGUGCGGGAAUAUUGAAUUUUUGCAAAAUCUUCACAACUAUUUUAAAGUACUGGGAGAAAGCAUUGAAAAUGAGCAUGCAAAAAUGGUAGAAUAUUCAGGUUCGGGAGAUUUUACAGAUGACAAUGAAGAUGACGAUGAAAAAGGAGAACCCGUAAAAGGUGACUCUGAUAAAGUUUCAUCAAUACAAAAAAAUCAAAGUACUAUAUCAAAAGAUAUAUUAUUUUGGAGAGAGACAGCAAAACAAAUUACAGAAGCCAAAAAAAAGUUACCUGGAAAAAUUAUAUUUUUUGAAGAUCCAAAAUAUAAUAAAAAAAAGGAUCUAAAAUUAUCACAAAAAGAACUUAUAUCCAACGCCUGGGAAAAUAUAAUAAGUCAAUAUAAUAAUUGGUACAAAAAAUCGUCUUAUCAGAAUUUAAUCUGACUAUAAUUUCUUAGAGGAAAUGCAGCGUUAUUAUAAUAUUUGUCUCGAUGUUUCUAACUUAUACUUCAAGUAGUUAUUGUGCAGCAGUUUUCUCGAUAUUUUUUCUUUAAAGUGUUUAACGCUUUAAGAAUGUUUUCUGGAACUUAUCUCUCUUUGUAAAAAAAAAUUUUGGAGCUAUACUCUGAAUUUGUUUAGAUCCGUUUAAAUUGACUUUUUUCUUAAGGUUUCUAAUAAACGCAAAUAAUUUUUAAUAAAAAAACCGAUACAAAGAUGGUGUAUAUUUUCAGUAAACAAUUUUUUUUUUUUUAUGCAAAAAAUAUUCUCGUUUAUUUUGUUGUUUAAAAACAAAUGUAUUUUGGAAAAGUGUUCAUUUUUAUAGUUGGUUUUAAUAUAUGCUAUAAAUAUCCCCUUUAUAUAUUUAAAAAUAUUUAAAAAGAAACAAUGAGAAAUGUAUUUAAAAUUUUUAUACUAAAUAUAUUAAUAAUAUUAUCACUUUCAUUUAGUCUUUUUAAACUUGUGAAACGGUUAUUUUAUCUAUUGUUUACUUAAUUAUUCUAUAUGGAAAAUGCUAACGCAAUAUAAAUAAUUAUUAACUGUUUUUGAAGAAAUUAGAUUUUUCUGAAGUUAAUCCAACCGUUAACUUGAGAUAGAUAAAUGUUUUAGAAAAGAAAAUUUAUGUUAAUUGGUAUGAAUUGGUUGGAUGUACCUCCUUUGGAAUAUUUAAAAUCGAAUCCAGAUUAUCAUUUCAAUAAAGAAAUACAUUUAAAUAAAUCUUCCUACAACAAAAUGACUGAAUGUGAAUUAUCAUUGCACUUUAAUUGUAUAUUGCGUCUGGACACUCUGAAAAACUUAAACGUAGAAAAUUGCAAUUUAAAUGAACUUGAGAAAUGCUUAAACUAUCAUAAGAAGGCGUCAAUUUGCAAAAUCAAUGAUCCCGAUACUCUACACGCCGUUGAUCAAUUGCAAAACGAAAUAAAGUCAGCUUCUGCUAAAAAUAAAAUAUGCAAAAGAAAAUAUUUUAUUCACAAACUUCAAGAUUAUUUUAAAGUUCUAGGAGUUGAAAGUCAGGUUGACGAAGUUGAAUCCUCUGGUGAAGAUGAAAGCGAUGACCUAGAGAACUUAUUUUCUGAAGAGGGUUUUGUAUCGCAAGUUGUCUCUAAUGAAGAUUUAGGCUUCUGGAAAGAAAAGUCCAAACAAAUAAAUAAUGCAAAAAAACGUUUAUUUGGUAAAAUGAUUUUUUUUGAUGAUCGCAAAUACAUUAAACAAAGAAAUCUAUAUAUGAAUAAUUUUAUAAAGAAAGAAUGGAAAAACUUAAUAAGAAGAUAUGCUAAAUGGUUCAAAAGUUUAUAAAAUAAUAGUUAUCAUAACAAUAUGAAGCCACAUAUGGUUUUAAGAGCUUCAUGUUUAGUAGCUUCAAAACAAAAAUGUUUGUUUGACUAUAUGUAAAUUAUUAUUAUUCCUUGUAAUUCAUUAUAUUAUUCAAGUACUCCUUGAAUUUAUUCUUAGAGAUUUGUUUUCGUUUUCAUUUUUCAUAAAUUUAUCAUUAUAGUUUUUCUAAAUCAAGCUGUUAUUGUAUUUAUUCAUAAAUUGUUUUUAUUGAUUUCAUAUAUAUUAAUCUUUUGUGUCUUUCAUUAAUUAUUUAUAUGUUUAUAUUUGUUUUUUUAAUGUAAUAUUGGAAUAGUAAAUGAAAUGUUUAGUUGUGCCGAAAAGUUUCAGACUUGAUGAAGUUAUGUAUGAACGACUUUGGCCAUCAAACUAAGUUUUGAUUGAAUAUAACUAAUGUGGCAAGCCCAGAUAAAAUUUCAUCAAUAAAAUUUCAAAGAAUUUUAUCGAUGCAAUUUUUUCAGUGUACCUUUAAAACGACAUUGGAUAAAUUUAAAAAUUUUUUUCUUGUAAUUUUUUAUGGAAUAAAAUAUUUAUUAUUUUGUCUA